GAUACCAUCGCAGUUGGCAAUUUGAAGACGAAAUGAUGAGUUUGGAACUUAGACUGGUUAUAGCUCUUUGGCUUAUCUGGACGACAGCCGCCCAGAACUCCACGGAUGGUGGUCAGGAUGGCCGAAUUGUCGGCGGCUGGGAGACGCACAUCACCUUCUUUCCACACCAAGUAUCCCUGCAGUUGGGCACUCGCCACGCCUGCGGUGGAACCAUCCUUUCGCAUACCAUCAUCCUGACAGCUGCCCACUGUGUGCAGGAGUACAGCAAACCGCAAUAUUAUGCGGUCCGAGCCGGAACCACUGAUUGGUCCAAAGGAGGCAGCUAUGUUCGAGUCCAACGCAUUAUACCGCACCCCAAGUUCCAUGAGCCAACGAGGAUGAAUAACGAUAUUGCUAUUGUUCAACUACAGCAACCACUUGUCUACAGUCGGGAAAUUCAACCCAUAAGCCUGGCCAUCAGUCAGGACAGGAUUAAGCCUACGGCUCAGCUUUUUGUCAGCGGUUGGGGCAGUACGGCGAUCACACAGAUGCAGCCAGAGAAGCGUCUACGUUACACAGUUGUCCAGCUAAGUGAUCAGGAUCAGUGCGCCAGAAACUAUUUUGGAGCCGGCACUGUGACCAACACCAUGUUCUGCGCGGGAACUCAGUUGGGAGGAAGAGACAGCUGCCAGGGAGAUUCCGGAGGACCGCUAGUCACCUCCAUCGAUGGCCAGAUGAAACUCUACGGCAUUGUGUCCUGGGGUUAUGGCUGCGCAAACGCCAUGUUUCCUGGAGUUUACACAAAGGUUUCCGCAUAUGGUGACUGGAUAACGCAGACAACGGGCGAGCUAGGUCUAGCUUAAUUUUUCCUAUAAACUAAUUCUUCACUACUUAUAAAUAAUAGGCAAAAUCACCGAUAUUUUUAAGUUAUCACCUAGUAAUAAGACUAACCUCCUAUGUAAAUUACCUAUUCAAUCGCUACAACUUGCUAA